UGCCCGCACUCCUACACGCCGGGCGGGGGGCGCACCCAGGCCGGGAGGAGCUGCGUCCGCACAGAGUCGCCCGCCCAGGCCCGCUGGGGUCCGGGUUCGCCGCUAGUCCCCUUCUGACUCCCAGCUGCAAACUUGGUGCCAGUUCCCAGACAUUUCCAGAGUCUCAUGAGCGGCUCUGAGAGGAAAGCCUCUGCCUGUUGUUGAGGAGGGCUGAGCCCAGAGCGGAGACACUCAGAAAGAAAAGGAAAGAAAAUGAUUUCCUGGGACACUGCCCGCACCGCGUUGCUGUCUGCGCUCCUUUAUUGUGCCCUAGCUCAAGAGGCGAGCCCCCCGGAGGACAUCCCCGAGGGGGCCUCCACCUUGGCUUUUGUGUUUGAUGUGACUGGGUCCAUGUACGAUGAUUUGGUUCAGGUUAUCGAAGGGGCGUCCAAGAUUCUGGAGACGUCUUUGAAAAGACCCAAGAGACCUCUUUACAACUUUGCUUUGGUGCCUUUCCACGAUCCAGAAAUUGGCCCAGUGACAAUUACUACAGAUCCCAAGAAAUUUCAAUUUGAACUCAGAGAACUAUAUGUUCAGGGUGGUGGUGAUUGUCCAGAAAUGAGUAUUGGAGCCAUAAAAAUUGCCUUGGAAAUUUCUCUUCCUGGUUCUUUCAUCUAUGUCUUCACGGAUGCUCGGUCCAAGGAUUAUCGGCUCACUCAUGAGGUGCUGCAGCUUAUCCAACAGAAACAGUCACAAGUAGUAUUUGUGCUCACUGGAGAUUGUGAUGACAGGGGUCAUAUUGGAUAUAAAGUGUAUGAAGAAAUUGCUUCUACAAGUUCUGGUCAAGUGUUUCAUCUGGACAAAAAACAAGUGAAUGAGGUGUUAAAAUGGGUAGAAGAAGCAGUGCAGGCCUCCAAAGUUCAUCUCUUAUCCACAGACCAUUUGGAACAGGCUGUAAACACUUGGAAAAUUCCUUUUGAUCCCAGCCUAAAAGAGGUUACUGUGUCUCUGAGUGGCGCUUCGCCAAUGAUUGAAAUUCGCAAUCCUUUAGGGAAGCUGAUAAAAAAGGGAUUUGGCCUGAACGAACUAUUAAAUAUCCAUAACUCUGCCAAAGUGGUGAAUGUUAAAGAGCCGGAGGCUGGAAUGUGGACAGUGAAGAUUUCCAGCAGUGGAAGGCACUCCGUUCGCAUCACUGGCCUCAGUACUAUUGAUUUUCGAGCUGGUUUUUCCCGAAAGCCCACCCUGGACUUCAAGAAAACAGUCAGCAGACCCGUACAAGGAAUACCUACCUAUGUGCUGCUGAAUACGUCUGGAAUUUCACCUCCAGCCAGAGUAGAUCGUCUUGAACUUCUGAGUAUUUCAGGCCGAUCUCUUAAGACUAUUCCUGUUAAAUAUUACCCAGAUAGAAAACCUUAUGGCAUAUGGAAUAUUUCUGACUUUAUACCUCCAAAUGAAGCUUUUUUUCUCAAAGUAACAGGCUAUGAUAAGGACGAUUACCUCUUCCAGAGAGUAUCCAGUGUUUCCUUCUCCAGUAUUAUCCCUGAUGCUCCCAAAGUCACAAUGCCUAAGAAAACCCCAGGAUACUACCUGCAACUGGGCCAGAUUCCUUGCUCUGUUGAGAGUCUUUUGCCCUUCACUUUGAGCUUUGUCAGAAAUGGAGCUACACUUGGAGUAGACCAGUAUUUAAAAGAAUCUGGCAGUGUGAGCUGGGACAUCGAAAAGGUCACUCUGUCGGAUGAAGGCCUCUACGAAUGCAUCGCUGUCAGCAAUGCAGGCACUGGCCGGGCACAGACUUUUUUUGACGUGUCAGAGCCCCCUCCAGUCCUCCAAGUGCCUAAUAACAUUACAGUCGCUCCUGGAGAAAGAGCAGUUUUGACAUGUUUUGUUAUCAGUGCAGUAGAUUACAAUCUAACCUGGUACAGAAGUGACAGAGACACCAGACUGGCAGAUCCAGCAAGAAUGAGGAUCUUGGCGAACCUCUCAUUGGAGCUAAGGAGUGUGAAAUUUACUGAUGCUGGAGAGUAUCAUUGUGUAGUUUCCAAUGAAGGAGGAUCAGCAGCUGCUUCUGUGUUCCUCACAGUGCAAGAACCACCCAAAGUCACUGUGAUGCCCAAAAAUCAGUCUUUCACAGGAGGAUCUGAGGUCUCCAUUAUGUGUUCUGCAACGGGUUAUCCCAAACCAAAGAUCGCCUGGACUGUUAAAGAUAUGUUAAUCAUGGGUUCACACAGGUAUAGGAUGACAUCAGAAGGUACCUUGUUUAUCAAAAGUGCAAUUGCCAAAGAUGCAGGGAUCUAUGGCUGCCUGGCAAGUAAUUCAGCUGGAACAGAUAAACAGACUUCUAUUCUCAGAUACGUUGAAACCCCAAAGCUGAUCGUAGUUCAGAGUGAGCUCUUGGUUGCCCUUGGGGACACAACAAUUAUGGAAUGUAAAACCUCUGGCGUUCCUCCACCUCAAGUUAAAUGGUUUAAAGGGGAUCUGGAACUGAGGCCCUCAACUUUCCUCAUUAUUGACCCUCUCUUGGGACUUUUGAAGAUUCAAGAAACUCAAGACCUGGAUGCUGGGGAUUAUAUGUGUGUGGCUGUCAAUGAAGCUGGAAGAGCGACUGGGAAGAUAACUCUGGAUGUUGGCUCACCUCCAGUUUUCAUACAAGAACCUGUUGAUGUGUCUAUGGAAAUUGGCUCAAAUGUGACAUUACCUUGCUAUGUCCAGGGUUAUCCAGAACCAAAGAUUAAAUGGCGAAGGUUAGACAACAUGCCAAUCUUCUCAAGACCCUUUUCAUUGAGUUCCAUCAGUCAACUAAGAACAGGAGCACUCUUUAUUUCAAACUUAUGGGCAAGUGAUAAAGGAACCUAUAUUUGUGAAGCUGAAAACCAGUUUGGAAAAAUCCAGUCCCAGACAACAGUAACAGUGACAGGACUUGUUGCUCCACUUAUUGGAAUCAGCCCAUCAGUGGCCAGUGUAAUUGAAGGACAGCAGCUGACUUUGCCCUGUGCUCUGUUGGCUGGAAAUCCCAUUCCAGAACGUCGGUGGAUGAAGAAUUCAGCAAUGUUGGUCCAAAAUCCUUACAUUACUGUACGCAGUGACGGGAGCCUCCAUAUUGAAAGAGUUCGCCUUCAGGAUGGAGGCAAAUAUACUUGCGUGGCUAGUAAUGUUGCUGGAACCAAUAACAAAACUACCACUGUGGAUGUGCAUGUUCUGCCAACCAUCCAGCAUGGGCAGCAGAUACUCAGUACAAUUGAAGGUGUUCCAAUAACUCUACCAUGCAAAGCAAGUGGAAUCCCCAAACCAGCUAUUGUCUGGUCCAAGAAAGGAGAGCUGAUUUCUACUAGCAGUGUGAAGUUCUCAGCUGGGGCUGAUGGGAGUCUGUAUGUUGUAUCCCCCAGUGGUGAGGAGAGCGGGGAGUAUAUCUGCACAGCCACCAACGCAGCUGGCUACGCCAAGAGGAAAGUACAGUUAACUGUCUACGUAAGGCCCAGAGUGUUUGGAGACCAGCGAGGACUGUCUCAGGACAAGCCUGUGGAGAUCUCUGUCCUUGCAGGGCAAGAGGUGACACUUCCCUGUGAAGUAAGGAGCUUACCACCACCCAUAAUUACCUGGGCCAAAGAGACCCAGCUCAUUUCUCCAUUCUCUCCAAGACACAUGUUUCUCUCUUCUGGCUCAAUGAAGAUCACUGAGACUCGAGUUUCUGAUAGUGGGAUGUACCUUUGUGUUGCCACAAAUCUUGCUGGGAAUGUGACUCAGUCCGUUAAAUUAAAUGUCCACGUUCCUCCAAAGAUACAGCGUGGCCCUAAACUUGUAAAAGUCCAAGUUGGCCAAAAAGCGGACAUCCCAUGCAGUGCUCAAGGGACGCCUCCUCCUGUGAUCACCUGGUUGAAGGGUGGCAGUGCCAUGCCGCUUGAUGGAGUGCAGCAAGCUAGCAGUCCAGAUGGAACAUUGCACAUCAACCACGCCCUGCUCUCAGAUGCUGGCAUUUAUACCUGUGUUGCUACUAACGUAGCGGGCAGUGAGGAAACAGACAUAACACUACAAGUCCAAGAACCACCUGCACUGGAAGAUCUAGAACCUCCAUAUAACACUCCAUUCCAAGAAAGAGUGGCCAAUGAACGCAUUGCAUUUCCAUGUCCUGCAAAAGGUACCCCCAAACCAACCAUCAAAUGGUUACGGAAUGGUAGAGAGCUCACAGGCCGAGAGCCUGGCAUUUCUUUCUUGGAGGAUGGCCGGUUGUUGGUUAUUGCUUCUGUCACACCAUAUGACAAUGGGGAAUACAUCUGUGUAGCAGUUAAUGAAGCUGGGACCACGGAAAGAAAAUAUACCCUCAAAGUCCAUGUUCCUCCACUAAUUAAGGAUAAAGAACAAGUAACAAAUGUGUCCGUGUUGGUCAACCAGCUGACCAAUCUCUUCUGUGAGGUUGAAGGCACUCCCUCACCCAUCAUUGUGUGGUAUAAAGAUGAUGUCCAGGUGGCUGAAAGCAACACUAUUCAGAUUGUGAACAAUGGAAAGAUACUAAAGCUCUUCAAGGUCACUCCAGAGGAUGCAGGAAAAUAUUCCUGCAAAGCAAUUAAUAUUGCAGGCACUUCUCAGAAGUAUUUUAACAUCGAUGUGCUAGUUCCACCCACUAUAUUAGGUACCAACUCCCCAAAUGAAGUCUCGGUUGUUCUCAGCCAUAACACCACCCUCGAAUGCCAAGUCAAAGGCACACCCUUCCCUGAGAUUCACUGGUUCAAAGAUGGCAAGCCUUUAUUUUUGGGGGAUCCUAACAUUGCACUUCUAGACAGAGGACAAAUAUUACGUUUAAAGAGUGUGCGCAGAAGUGACAAGGGAAGGUACCAGUGUGUCGUGUCUAAUGCUGCUGGCAAACAGACCAAGGAUAUAAAACUGACUAUACACAUUCCACCUAGUAUUAAAGGAGGGAAUGUCACCACAGAAAUGUCAGUGUUGAUCAACAGCAUGAUUAAACUGGAAUGCGAGACUCGGGGACUUCCGAUUCCUACUAUUACUUGGUAUAAAGACGGUCGGCCAGUCAUAUCCAGCUCACAGACACUUUAUAUUGACAAAGGACAGUUUCUUCAUAUCGCCAGGGCACAGGUCUCUGAUUCAGGGACAUAUAAGUGCCAUGUGACAAAUGUUGCUGGGACUGCUGAAAAAUCGUUCCAUGUGGAUGUUUAUGUUCCUCCAAUGAUUGAUGGCAACUUGGCUGUACCUCUGAAUAAGCAAGUGGUUAUUGCUCAUUCGCUGACACUGGAGUGUAAAGCUGCUGGCAACCCUCCUCCAGUUCUCACCUGGUUAAAAGAUGGUGUCCCUGUGAAAGCAAGUGACAACAUUCAUAUUGAAGCUGGUGGGAAGAAAUUAGAGAUCACUAGUGCCCUCGAAUCUGAUCGUGGGCAGUAUGUGUGUGUGGCAACCAGCGUGGCAGGGGAAAAGGAAAUCAAAUACGAAGUUGAUGUUCUAGUGCCGCCAGCUAUAGAAGGAGGUGAUGAAACAUCUUACUUCAUUGUGAUGGUGAAUAACUUACUGGAACUAGAAUGUCCAGUGACAGGCUCUCCUCCACCAUCUAUCAUGUGGCUGAAGGAUGGUCAGCUAAUCGAUGGAAGAGAUGGAUUCAAGAUUUUACUAAAUGGGCGAAAACUAGUAAUUGCCCAGGCUCAGGUGUCUGAUACAGGCCUCUAUCAGUGUGUGGCAACAAAUACAGCUGGAGACCACAAGAAGGAAUUUGAAGUAACUGUGCAUGUUCCUCCUACAAUCAAAUCCUCAGGCCUUUCUGAGAGAGCUGUGGUGAAGUACAAGUCAAUCACCUUGCAAUGUAUAGCCAAUGGCAUCCCAAAUCCAUCCAUUACAUGGUUAAAAGAUGGCCGGCCUGUGAACACUGCCCAAGGGAACCUCAAAAUACAGUCUUCUGGUCGCGUUCUGCAAAUAGCCAAAGCCCUGAUGGAGGAUGCUGGCAGAUACACAUGUGUGGCUACCAAUGCGGCUGGAGAAGCACAGCAGGAGAUUCGGCUGCAUGUGCAUGAGCCACCCAGUCUGGAAGAUGCAGGGAAGAUGCUGAAUGAGACAGUGGUGGUGAAUAACCCUGUACAACUGGAGUGUAAGGCAGCAGGAAAUCCCUUGCCUGCUAUUACAUGGUAUAAAGAUAAUCAUCCACUCUCAGGCUCCACCAGUGUAACUUUCUUGAACAGAGGACAGAUCAUUGAUAUUGAAAGGACCCAGAUAUCAGAUGCUGGCAUUUAUAAGUGUGUGGCAAUCAACUCGGCCGGAGCUACGGAGUUGUUUUACAGUCUGCAGGUCCAUGUGGCCCCAUCAAUUUCUGGAAGCAAUAACAUGGUAACUGUGGUGGUAAAUAACCUGGUGAGGUUAGAAUGUGAAGCCAGAGGUAUCCCUGCCCCAAGUCUGACCUGGUUGAAAGAUGGAAGCCCUGUCUCUAGUUUCACUAAUGGGAUACAGGUUCUGUCUGGGGGCCGCAUCCUAGCAUUGACCAGUGCACAAAUCAGUGAUACAGGGAGAUAUACCUGUGUAGCUGUGAAUGCUGCUGGGGAGAAGCAAAGGGACAUUGACCUCAGAGUAUAUGUUCCACCAAAUAUUAUGGGAGAAGAACAGAACGUCUCUGUCCUCAUUAGCCAAACUGUGGAGUUACUGUGUGAAAGUGAUGCUAUUCCCCCACCAACUCUGACUUGGCUUAAAGAUGGCCGCCCCAUGCUGAAGAAACCAGGUCUCCAUAUCUCUGAAAAUGGAAGUGCAUUAAAGAUUGAAGAUGCUCAGGUUCAAGACACUGGUCGGUACACUUGUGAGGCAACAAAUAUUGCUGGAAAAACUGAGAAAAAUUAUAAUGUCAACAUUUGGGUACCACCAAAUAUUUAUGGGUCUGAUGAACUUGCUCAUCUUACCGUUAUUGAAGGGAAUCCCAUUAGUCCAUUGUGUGAAUCAAGUGGUAUUCCACCCCCAAAUCUCAUAUGGAAGAAGAAAGGCUCCCCUGUGUUGGCUGAUUCUGCCGGAAGAGUCAGAAUUUUAUCUGGAGGUAGACAGUUACAGAUUUCAAUUGCUGAAAAAUCUGAUUCAGGACUUUAUACAUGUGUGGCAUCAAAUGUUGCUGGAACUGCAAAGAAAGAUUACAAUCUGCAAGUUUACAUUCGACCCACUAUAUCUAACAGUGGCAGCCACCCUACUGAAAUUAUUGUGACUCGAGGGAAGAGUGUUUCCUUGGAAUGUGAGGUGCAGGGUAUUCCUCAGCCGACAGUGACUUGGAUGAAAGAUGGCCGCCCUUUGACCAAGGGAAGGGGAAUGGAAAUACUGGAUGAAGGUCGUGUCCUUCAGCUGAAGAACAUCCAUGUAUCUGACACAGGUCGUUACGUGUGUGUGGCUGCUAAUGUGGCAGGGAUGACUGACAGAAAAUAUGACUUAAGUGUACAUACCAUUCCAAGCAUCAUAGGAAACCAUGGCACACCAGAAAAUAUCAGUGUGGUAGAAAAGAACUCAGUGUCCUUGACUUGUGAAGCUUCAGGAAUUCCCCUGCCUACAAUUACUUGGCUUAAAGAUGGGUGGCCUGUCAGCCUGAGCAGCUCUGUGAGAAUUCUCUCAGGAGGUAGAACCCUGCGGUUGAUGCAGACCAGAAAAGAAGAUGCUGGCCAAUACACUUGUGUUGUAAGGAAUGCAGCUGGGGAAGAAAAGAAAAUUUUUGGACUCUCAGUAUUAGUACCACCUCACAUUGUGGGUGAAAAUACAUUGGAAGAUGUGAAGGUAAAAGAGAAACAGAAUGUUACACUGACUUGUGAAGUAACAGGAAUUCCAAUGCCAAAAAUAACAUGGCACAAAGAUGGGCAGCUCCUUCAAGAAGAUGAUACCUACCACAUUAUGUCUGGUGGUCGUUUUCUUCAAAUUACCAAUGCCCAAAUAUCACACACUGGAAGAUAUUCAUGUUUGGCUUCUAAUACAGCCGGUGACAAGAGCAAAAUCUUCAGUCUGAAUGUGUUAGUAUCUCCUACAAUUGCUGGUGUUGAUAGUGAUGGCAGCCCCGAAGAUGUCACAGUUAUCCUUAACAAUCCCACAUCUUUGGUCUGUGAAGCUUAUUCUUACCCUCCAGCUACCAUUACCUGGUUUAAGGAUGGAACUCCUUUAGAAUCCAACCAAAAUAUUCGUAUUCUUCCAGGUGGUAGGACCCUGCAGAUCCUAAAUGCACAGGAGAACAAUGCUGGAAGAUACUCUUGUGUAGCCACUAAUGAGGCCGGGGAGAUGAUCAAGCACUAUGAAGUGAAGGUCUACAUUCCACCCAUAAUCAAUAAAGGGGACCUUUUGGGGUCAGGUCUUUCCCCGAAAGAAGUCAAGAUCAAAGUAAACAACACCCUGACCUUGGAAUGUGAAGCUUAUGCAAUUCCUUCUGCCUCCCUCAGCUGGUACAAGGAUGGACAGCCUCUUAAAUCAGAUGAUCAUGUUAAUAUUGCUGCAAAUGGACACAUACUUCAAAUAAAGGAGGCACAAAUAUCUGACACUGGGCGAUAUACUUGUGUAGCAUCUAAUAUUGCAGGUGAAGAUGAGCUGGACUUUGAUGUGAAUAUACAAGUUCCUCCGAGUUUUCAGAAACUCUGGGAAAUGGGAAACAUGCUGGAUACUGGCAGGAAUGGUGAAGCAAAGGAUGUGAUCAUCAACAAUCCCAUUUCUCUUUACUGUGAGACAAAUGCUGCUCCCCCUCCUACCCUGACGUGGUACAAAGAUGGCCAUCCUCUGACCUCAAGUGACAGAGUGUUGAUUUUACCAGGAGGGCGAGUGCUGCAGAUCCCCCGGGCUAAAGUAGAAGAUGCUGGGAGAUAUACCUGUGUGGCUGUGAAUGAGGCUGGAGAAGAUUCACUUCAGUAUGAUGUCCGUGUACUCUUGCCACCAGUUAUCAAGGGAGCAAACAGUGAUCUCCCAGAGGAGGUGAAUGCACUGGUGAGCAGGAGUGUGAUGAUGGAGUGUUUGUCCAGUGGCAGCCCCACGCCAAGGAACUCCUGGCACAAAGAUGGCCAGCCCUUGCUGGAAGAUGAGCAUCACAAAUUUCUAUCCAGUGGAAGAAUUCUGCAGAUUCUAAAUACUCAAAUAACAGAUACCGGCAGGUAUGUGUGUAUUGCUGAGAACACAGCAGGAAGUGCCAAAAAAUAUUUUAACCUCAAUGUUCAUGUUCCUCCAAGCAUCAUUGGCCCUAACCCUGAAAAUCUCACUGUUGUGGUGAACAACUUCAUCUCUUUGACUUGUGAGGUCUCUGGUUUUCCACCUCCUGAUCUGAACUGGCUCAAGAAUGGACAGCCUAUCAAGCCCAACACACAUGCUCUCAUUGUGCCUGGUGGUCGAACUCUGCAAAUUAUUCGAGCCAAGGUGUCUGAUGGGGGCGAAUACACAUGUAUAGCGACCAACCAGGCUGGUGAAAGCAAGAAAAAAGUUUCCCUGACUGUUUAUGUGCCCCCAAGCAUUAAAGAUCAUGGCAGUGAAUCUCUUUCUGUAGUUAGUGUCAGAGAGGGGACCUCAGUGUCAUUGGAAUGUGAGUCAAAUGCUGUCCCUCCUCCAGUCAUCAGCUGGUACAAGAACGGCCGGAUGAUUACACAGUCUGCUUACUUGGAGAUUUUAGCAGAUGGACAAAUGCUACACAUCAAGAAAGCAGAGGUAUCUGACACAGGCCAAUAUGUAUGUAGAGCUAUAAAUGUAGCAGGACGGGAUGAUAAAAAUUUCCACCUCAAUGUAUAUGUGCCACCUAGUAUUGAAGGUCCUGACAAAGAAGUGGUUGUUGAGACAAUCAGCAAUCCUGUGACCCUGACUUGUGAUGCCACUGGAAUCCCACCUCCCACGAUAGCGUGGCUCAAGAGCCACAAGCCCAUAGAAAAUUCUGACUCACUUGAGGUUCAUAUUCUGUCUGGAGGCAGUAAACUCCAAAUUGCCAGGUCUCAGCCUUCAGAUAGUGGAAACUAUACAUGCAUUGCAUCAAAUAUGGAGGGAAAAGCUCAGAAAAACUACAUCCUUUCAAUUCAAGUUCCUCCAAAUGUUGCUGGUGCUGAAAUUCCAAGUGAAGUCAAUGUCCUGGUAGGGGAAAAUGUUGAGCUGGUCUGCAAUGCAAAUGGCAUUCCUCCCCCGCUGAUCCAAUGGCUUAGAGAUGGAAAGCCCAUAAUUAACAGUGAAGCAGAAAGAAUACGGGUAACUGUAAAUGGCAGUACAUUAAACAUUUACGGAGCUCUCCCAUCUGACAUGGGGAAAUACACUUGUGUCGCUACUAAUUCUGCUGGAGAAGAAGACCGAAUUUUUGAUGUGAAUGUCUAUGUUCCACCUGUAAUUAGGGGUAAUAAAGAAGAAGCAGAGAAAAUAAUAGCCUUGUUGGAUACUUCAAUAAAUAUUGAAUGCAGAGCCACUGGAAUGCCCCCUCCACAGAUCAGCUGGCUGAAGAAUGGACUUCCGCUGCCUCUCUCUUCCCAUAUCCGGUUGCUGUCAGGCGGGCAAGUUAUCAGGAUUGUGAGAGCUCAGGUGUCUGAUGUUGCCAUGUACACAUGUGUGGCCUCCAACAGAGCUGGGGUAGAUAAUAAACAUUAUAGUCUUCAAGUCUUGGUACCCCCAAAUAUGGACAAUGCAAUGGGAACAGAGGAGAUUACCAUUGUCAAAGGCAGUUCCACCUCUAUGACAUGCUUUACAGAUGGCACUCCUACUCCUAGCAUGUCCUGGCUUAGAGAUGGCCAACCUCUGGGACUUGAUGCCCAUUUGACAAUAAGCACUCAAGGAAUGAUCCUUCAGCUCAUCAAAGCAAGCCCUGAAGACUCAGGAAGAUACACCUGCAUUGCCUCUAAUGAAGCUGGAGAAGUCAGCAAAACCUUCACCCUGAAGGUCCUAGAACCACCUCAUAUCAAUGGAUCUGAAGAACCUAUAGAGAUCUCAGUGAUUGUUAACAAUCCACUUGAACUUACUUGCAUUGCUUCUGGAAUCCCAACUCCUAAAAUUACCUGGAUGAAAGAUGGACGGCCCCUUCCACAGAUGGAUCAGAUGCAAACUCUCGGAGGAGGAGAGGUUCUCCGAAUAUCUAGUGCUCAGGUGGAGGAUACAGGAAGAUAUACAUGUUUGGCAUCCAGUCCUGCAGGCGAUGAUGAUAAAGAAUAUUUAGUGAGAGUGCAUGUACCCCCAAAUAUUGCUGGAAUUGAUGAGUCCCAGGAUUUCACAGUGUUACAGAACAGACAAGUGACACUGGAAUGCAAAUCAGAUGCAGUGCCCCCACCUGUUAUCACGUGGCUUAAAAACAGAGACCGAUUGCAGGCAACACCUCGAGUACGAAUCCUGUCUGGAGGGAGAUAUUUACAAAUUAAUAAUGCAGAUUUAAGUGAUACUGCAAAUUAUACCUGUGUUGCCAGCAACAUUGCAGGAAAGACUACAAAAGAAUUUGUUCUCACUGUAAAUGUUCCUCCAAGCAUAAAGAGUGGCCCACAGAGUCUUGUCAUUCACUUAAAUAAGUCAGCUGUCUUGGAAUGCUUUGCUGAAGGUGUGCCAGUCCCCAGGAUAACAUGGAGGAAGGAUGGGGCUCUUCUGUCUGGGAAUCAUGCAAGAUACUCCAUCCUAGAAAAUGGAUUCCUUCAUAUCCGGUCAGCACAUGUCACAGACGCCGGGAGAUAUUUGUGUAUGGCAACCAAUGUGGCUGGAACAGACCGCAGGCGAAUAGAUUUACAAGUCCAUGUUGCUCCAUCUAUCGCGCUGGGUCCUACCAACAUGACCAUUACGGUAAAUGUCCAAACCACUCUGGCUUGUGAGGCUACUGGGAUACCAAAACCCUCAAUCAUAUGGCGAAAAAAUGGACAGCUUCUCAAUGUGGAUCAAAAUCAGAAUUCAUACAGGCUCCUUUCUUCAGGCUCACUAGUCAUUAUUUCCCCUUCUGUGGAAGACACUGCAACCUAUGAAUGCACUGUGGCAAAUGAUGCAGGAGAAGACACAAGAACUGUGGCUCUCACUGUCCAAGUUCCACCUUCCAUAGCAGAUGAGCCUACAGACUUCCUAGUCACCAAACAUACCCCAACAAUACUUACCUGCACUGCAUCAGGAGUUCCAUUUCCUUCAAUUCACUGGACAAAAAAUGGCAUAAGACUGCUUCCUAGGGGAGAUGGCUACAGAAUUCUGUCCUCAGGAGCAAUUGAAAUAUUUGCUACUCAGUUGAACCAUGCUGGGAGAUACACCUGUGUGGCCAGGAAUGCAGCUGGUUCUGCACAUCGACAUGCAACUCUUCACGUACAGGAGCCUCCAGCCAUUCAGCCUCAGCCCAGUGAACUAGACGUCAUUCUAAACAAUCCCAUUUUAUUACCAUGUGAAGCAACAGGAACACCCACUCCUUUCAUUACUUGGCAAAAAGAAGGCAUCAGUGUCAUCACUUCAGGCAACAGUCGUGCAGUUCUUCCCAGUGGUGGUCUACAGAUCUCCAGAGCUGUCAGAGAGGAUGCAGGUUCUUACAUGUGUGUGGCCCAGAAUCCAGCUGGGACAGCCUUGGGCAAAAUCAAGUUAAAUGUCCAAGUGCCUCCAGUCAUUAGUCCCCAUUCAGAGGAGUAUAUCACUGCUGUGGAUAAGCCUAUCUCUCUACCCUGUGAUGCAGACGGCUUCCCACCCCCUGACAUUGCAUGGCAUAAAGAUGGGCAUGCGAUUACAGAAUCCAUCCGCCAACGUAUCCUCAGCUCUGGGGCUCUGCAAAUAGCAUUUGCUCAGCCUGAUGACGCUGGCCAGUAUACAUGCCUGGCAGCUAAUGUGGCAGGAUCAACCAGCAGAAGCGCCAAGCUCACUGUUCAUGUACCACCCAGAAUCCGAAAUACAGAAGACUACUACACGGUCAGUGAGAAUUCACAAGCUGUUCUUCCAUGCGUGGCUGAUGGAAUCCCCACACCAACACUUAACUGGAAAAAAGAUAAUGUUCUUUUAGUGAACUUGUUAGGAAAAUACACUGUUGAACCCUAUGGAGAACUCAUUCUGGAAAAUGUUCUGUUGGAGGAUUCUGGCACCUAUACCUGUGUUGCUAACAAUGCUGCAGGUGAAGACACACACACUGUCAGCCUGACUGUGCAUGUUCUCCCAACUUUUACUGAACUUCCUGGAGAUGUAUCAUUAAAUAAAGGAGAACAGCUGCGAUUAAGCUGUAGAGCAACUGGUGUCCCACUACCCAAGUUAACAUGGACCUUCAAUAACAACAUUAUCCCAGCCCACUUUGACAGCGUCCAUGGACACAGUGAACUUGUUAUUGAAAGAGUGUCAAAAGGAGAUUCUGGUACUUACGUGUGCACAGCAGAGAACAGCGUUGGUUUUGUGAAGGCAAUUGGAUUUGUUUAUGUGAAAGAGCCUCCAGUCUUCAAAGGUGACUACCCUUCCAACUGGAUUGAGCCACUUGGCGGUAAUGCGAUCCUGAAUUGUGAGGUGAAAGGAGAUCCUGCCCCAACCAUCCAGUGGAGCAGGAAGGGAAUGGACAUUGAAAUUAGCCACAGAAUCCGGCAACUUGGCAAUGGCUCCCUGGCAAUUUAUGGCACUGUUAAUGAAGAUGCAGGCGACUAUACGUGUGUGGCUGCCAAUGAAGCUGGGGUGGUGGAGCGCAGCAUGAGCCUGACUCUGCAAAGUCCUCCUAUUAUCAUCCUUGAACCAGUAGAAACUGUUGUUAAUGCUGGUGGCAAAGUCACACUGAAUUGUCAGGCAACUGGAGAACCUCACCCAACCAUUACUUGGUCCCGCCAAGGGCACUCUAUCACCUGGGAUGACCGAGUUCACAUGUUGUCCAACAACUCAUUAUAUAUCGCUGCUGCUCAGAAAGAAGAUACAUCUGAAUAUGAAUGUGUGGCCCGAAACAUGAUGGGUUCUGUCCUUGUCAGAGUGCCAGUCACAGUCCAGGUUCACGGUGGAUUUUCCCAGUGGUCUGCCUGGAGAUCCUGUAGUGUCACCUGUGGAAAAGGUAUCCAGAAGAGGAGUCGCCUGUGCAACAACCCCUUUCCAGCCAAUGGUGGGAAGCCUUGCCAAGGGUCAGAUUCAGAAAUGCGAAACUGUCAGCAUAGGCUGUGUCCAGUGGAUGGCAGCUGGUCAGAAUGGAGCCCUUGGGAAGAAUGCACGAAGAGCUGUGGGCGUGGCAACCAAACCAGGGUCCGAACAUGCAAUAAUCCAGCUGCUCAACAUGGCGGGCGACCGUGUGAUGGGAAUACUGUGGAAGUAAUUAUGUGCAACAUUAGGCCUUGUCCAGUUCAUGGAUCAUGGGGUGCUUGGCAACCUUGGGGUGCAUGCAGUGAAACUUGUGGAAAAGGUACCCAGAUAAGAACAAGACUAUGCAAUAAUCCACCACCAUCGUUUGAUGGAUCCUACUGUGACGGAGCAGAAACUCAAAUGCAAGUUUGCAAUGAGAGACACUGUCCAGUUGAUGGCAAGUGGGCCCCUUGGGCUCCUUGGAGUGCCUGCACUGUGUCCUGUGGAGGAGGCGCCAGACAGAGAAUGAGGGACUGCUCUGACCCUAUUCCUCAGCAUGGAGGGAGCAUAUGUGAAGGAACUGAUGUCCAGAGUGAUUUUUGUAAUAGUGACCCUUGUCCAACUCAUGGUAACUGGAGUCCUUGGAGUAGCUGGGGAAUAUGCAGCCGGACAUGUAAUGGAGGGCAGAUGAGACGGUACCGCACAUGUGAUAACCCUCGUCCUUCCAAUGGAGGAAGAGCUUGUGGGGGCCCUGAUUCCCAGAUACAGAGAUGCAAUAUUGACAUGUGUCCUGUGGAUGGAAGUUGGGGGAACUGGCAGAGUUGGAGCCAGUGUUCUGUCUCUUGUGGUGGAGGUGAAAGGACUCGAAAGCGACUGUGCAACAAUCCAGUACCUUCCAAAAGUGGUCGCUCCUGUCCAGGAGAUUCUACUCAGAUAUCUAGGUGCAAUAUACAAGCAUGUCCAGGUGGACCCCAGCAUGCCAGAGGAAGUGUUAUUGGAAAUAUUAAUGAUGUUGAAUUUGGAAUCGCUUUCCUUAAUGCCACCAUAACAGAUAGUCCUACUUCUGAUACUAGAAUCAUACAUGCAAAAAUUACCAAUGUCCCUCGAAGUCUUGGCCCAGCAAUGAGAAAGAUAGUUUCUAUUCUAAAUCCCAUUUAUUGGACAACAGCAAAGGAAAUAGGGGAAGCAGUCAAUGGUUUCACUCUCACCAAUGCAGUCUUCAAGAGAGAAACUCAAGUGGAGUUUGCAACUGGGGAAGUCUUACGGAUGACUCACAUCGCCCGUGGCUUGGAUUCUGAUGGUGCUUUGCUGCUGGAUGUUGUUGUGAAUGGUUAUGUCUUACAGCUCCAGUCACCUGCUGAAAUUGCUAUAAAGGAUUACACAGAAGACUACAUCCAAACAGGCCCUGGGCAGCUGUAUGCCCACUCCACCCGUCUGUUUACCAUUGAUGGCAUCAGUGUCCCCUACACAUGGAACCACACCAUUUUCUAUGAUGAGUCGCGAGGCAGAAUGCCUUUCUUGGUAGAAACACUUCAUGCAUCCUCUGUGGAAUCUGACUACAACCAGUUAGAAGAGACUUUGGGUUUUAAAAUCCAUGCUUCAAUCUCCAAAGGAGAUCGAAGUAACCAGUGCCCCAUGGGGUUCACCUUAGACUCAGUUGGACCCUUUUGUUCUGAUGAAAAUGAAUGUACUUCAGGGAAUCCCUGCUCCCACAUCUGCCACAAUGCCAUGGGAACCUAUCACUGUUCCUGCCCGAAAGGCCUCACCAUAGCUGCAGAUGGAAGAACUUGUCAAGACAUUGAUGAGUGUGCUUUGGGUGGACACAGCUGCCAUUCGGGUCAGGACUGUGACAACACCAUCGGGUCCUAUCGCUGUGUGGUCCAUUGUGGAACUGGCUUUCGCAGAACCUCUGAUGGACUGAGUUGUCAAGAUAUUAAUGAAUGUCAGGAGUCCAGCCCCUGUCACCACCGCUGUUUCAAUGCCAUAGGAAGUUUCCACUGUGGGUGUGAACCUGGAUAUCAGCUCAAAGGCAGAAAGUGCAUCGAUGUGAAUGAGUGCAGACAGAAUGUGUGCAGACCAGACCAGCACUGCAAGAACACUCGUGGUGGCUAUAAGUGCAUUGACCUUUGUCCAACUGGAAUGACCAAGGCAGAAAAUGGAACCUGCAUUGAUAUUGAUGAAUGUAAAGAUGGGACCCAUCAGUGCAGAUAUAACCAGAUAUGUGAAAAUACAAGAGGCAGUUACCGUUGCGUAUGUCCAAGAGGUUACCGGUCUCAAGGACUUGGAAGACCCUGUAUGGACAUUAAUGAAUGUGACCAAGUGCCUAAACCUUGUGCGUAUCAGUGCUCCAACACCCCCGGCAGCUUCAAGUGUGUCUGUCCACCAGGACAACAUUUAUUAGGGGACGGGAAAUCUUGCGCUGGAUUGGAGAGGCUUCCAAAUUAUGGCACUCAGUACAAUAGCUAUAACCUUGCUCGGUUCUCCCCUGUGAGAAACAACUAUCAACCUCAACAGCAUUACAGACAGUACUCACAUCUCUACAGCUCCUACUCAGAGUAUAGAAACAGCAGGACAGCUCUCUCCAGGACUAGAAGGACUAGUAGGAAAACUUGCCCCGAAGGCUCGGAGGCGAGCCAUGACACUUGUGUAGAUAUCAAUGAAUGUGAAAAUAGAGACACCUGCCAACAUGAGUGUAAAAAUACAUUUGGAAGCUAUCAGUGUAUCUGCCCACCUGGCUAUCAACUCAUGCUCAAUGGAAAGACAUGUCAAGAUGUCGAUGAGUGUCUGGAGCAGAAUGUGCGCUGUGGGCCAAACCACAUGUGCUUCAACAUGAGAGGAAGCUACCAGUGCAUCGACACGCCCUGUCCACCCAACUACCAGCGGGAUCCUGUCUCAGGGUUCUGCCUCAAAAACUGUCCACCCAAUGAUUUGGAAUGUGCCUUGAGUCCAUAUGCCUUGGAAUACAAACUGGUCUCCCUCCCAUUUGGAAUAGCAGCCAAUCAAGAUUUAAUCCGGCUGGUUGCAUACACGCAGGAUGGAGUGAUGCAUCCCAGGACAACGUUCCUCAUGGUCGAUGAGGAUCAGGCUAUUCCUUUUGCCUUAAGGGAUGAGAACCUGAAAGGUGUGGUUUAUACCACGCGACCUCUGCGAGAACCAGAGACCUACCGCAUGCGGGUUCGAGCCUUAUCCUACAGUGCCAACGGGACCAUCGAGUAUCAGACCACAUUCAUAGUCUAUAUAGCUGUGUCUGCCUAUCCAUACUAAGAAAGUCUCCAAAGCCUAUUCCACAUAUUUAAACUGCAUUAAUCAUGGGAACAAGUCCCCUUCCAGAUUACUGUCUCCUGAACAGUUGCAAUGUCAGCAACUUGAAAAUGGUGCUAUGCUCUGUUCCGCAUGCCUUCCUUGGUACUGCUGAGGUAUUUCAUGAUCCCACCAUGCUAGUAUCUUUUGGUAAGGUCUAGAAAAGUCCCUUAUUGUUUUCUUUAUUUAUUACACUGGAGCAUUUACUUUCCAAAGAUCAUUCUGAACAUCUAACAGGACAAAUCAAUGAUGUUUUAAAUUUUAUGGUAGCUUCAUAGCUCAGAUUAUCUUCUUUAAAAAAAUUCAAAGUCCAGUGGAUUUUUGAGCAUUUGAUCAUUUUUAGAAUAAUAAACCAGUUGCUGUGUGCUUUGCUCAAAGUUGAUUGAGUAACACAUGAAGGUUUUUUUUAAGUAUUAAUAUUUUAUGGUAGGACUUGUACACCUAAUUUUACUUUCAGGAAAAACAGAAACACAGCUCAUUUUAGAAAUAUAGUGCAGCUUCUAGAAAGUUUUUUUUCUUUAAUCCCAAAUGGUGCUUACUUACUCUGAUUGAACAUCCAAAAUAAGGAGAUUAUUUUCAGUGACUUUGUGAAAUUAACUGAAUCAUUUAUGAUAAUAGGAAAAAAUAAGACUUUGUCCUCAGAUGAUCACUCAUGGCGUGGAUCUUUGCUCUAAGAUUUUGAUAUAAACUUCCAUGCAUUUAGCUCCAUAACUUUUACAUUCCAGCAUUUUAAGAAUUUUUCCUGUCAGUUGGAAACAAUUUUUUAAAAUAUCAAUGGGACAGUUUUCUUUUUCUUGAAAAUCUCAUCUUCAAAUUAGCAUUAAUGUUAAACGUCAAUACACUGUACAUGGUGGUAACAGACUCUGGAAGCAAUUGCCAAGAUGUAUUCUAUUUUUAUGAAGUGUAUAUAUGUUACCUUAGUGUGUAUUUUCUAUAUAAUAUCUUGACGGACUCAUAUAAAAUUAUUUUAUAAAAAAUACAAUGUUACAGUAAGGCCAAUCUAAAUAAAAUUUUCACAUCCUUUUUCUUAACUUUUUU